AUGUCUCAUAUGCGGUAUUCAAUGGAGCGAGCGACUCAUCUAAUGGUCAAUGACCCCGAGGAGAAACAUCUUCCGUUCCCAAUUCUCGAAUAUGUCCGACGCUGGCUCAGUCUCAAGCACACCCUGCACAGCUUUGGCGGCAAUCAUCGAAACUAUCUGGACCCCAAAUCACCCUCUGGCUCGAAUCAGGAACUGUUCCCCCGGUUCGUAAGCGUCAUGGUCGCAGGUCUUUCCACUGCGUGGACGAACCCUCCAACUGCUGAGUUCGACCAGCAGUAUCUCCAGGAUGCACGUGAGUUGGUCGACAUCAUGCUUUCCGAGUCCAAGAGCCGAGACACGCGACCGCCGUACUUCAACUUCGUCAUUGGAGCCUAUGUGUACUACGACAUGGCUACCUCAUUCCUUGUUCCUGUCAAUCAGCAGCUGCCUCUCAAUACCAGUGAAAUGUAUACCGCCGUGCUCGAUGUUGGCCAAGAAUAUCACCCUAUUUCGGGCUAUACAACAGACAUCUUCUAUCUUCUAGGCACUGUAGGACGCUACUGCCGAUCGGUCGUUGAGACAGGAGUUCGGGACGAAUCCCUUGAGGCUGUUCUGGAAGAAGAGUUGGAGAACUGGGAACCAAAUCUAGAAAAUCCCGAAUUGGGACUCAUGAGCAACGCCUUCCGCAUGCAUGGGCUGAUCAACCUCGCCGCUAUUUGCUACAGGCGGCAGGAUGUGAACACACCACAGGAACAUCGCGACCUGUCCGUCAUGAUGGGUACGGAGAUGCAGGAGCGGAUCGAGGAGUGGCAGAACCCGAAAACUCCUCCUGGCGGCGACGAUAUUACCGACCAGGGACAGGAUCCCGAACAUGAGGAUGAGAUUGAGCCUGAUGACUUUCUUGAAGCGAUGGUCAGGAUGCGCGCUCUGAGCGUUGUUCGAGAUUUGGCUUCUAUACCAACAGACAAUCCUUGCAUCAAUCUCCAGGCCAUACCGUUGUUCACUGCUGGAUCUGAAUUGACUAGAUCCGACCAGAAGGAGAGGCAGAUCGUCAUAAAACGCUUCAGAGAGCUGUAUUCAAUGAACCAUCUUCGUACCAAUUUGUCGGCGUUGGAGAUCCUCCCAGAGAUUUGGGCCCGGAAAGACCGAGGCGAAAAUAUCAGCUGGUUGGAUGUCAUGAUUGAAAAGGGUUGGAGCAUGAUGCUCGGUUAA